UUCAGCGUGACCUGCCCUUCUUCUGAGGACAAACAAAAGAUGAAAACCCCACGCGCCAACACGGUGGUAUAACGUCGUGUUGUCGGUUUUUCUUCGACGAACGAAAGGUUUUAUUUUGUGUGCGAAGACGAGUUUGAACGCUUCAUUCAUGCCGAAACGGAUGACAUCAUUGACAGGGUGGACGGCGUAAAGUGGGAGGGGGUGUGUGAGGAAGAAGAAGAAGAAGAAGAAGAGACAUCGUCACAGGACGAAUCUGGCACGGCUCGGCCCGGAUGUAAAGCCCGGGUGUUGUGAGGCGAUGAGCAGCGUCGAUGCGUCGCUAUCCAGGGCCCUGAGUGAGACCCAAGAAUCUGGCCAGACGACCGUGUGUUGGAGCCAUCAAUAGUCAUGGAGUUAAGAGUGGGAAACAAGUACCGCCUCGGGAGGAAGAUAGGGAGCGGAUCCUUCGGAGAUAUUUACCUCGGUUCCAACCUCGCAACAGGAGAGGAAGUUGCCAUCAAGUUGGAAUGUGUCAAGACCAAACAUCCACAGCUCCACAUUGAGAGUAAAUUCUACAAGAUGAUGCGGGGAGGAGUGGGUAUCCCAUGUAUCAAAUGGUGCGGCGCAGAGGGGGACUACAAUGUCAUGGUCAUGGAACUGCUAGGCCCCAGUUUGGAGGACCUGUUCAACUUUUGCUCCCGCAAGUUCAGCCUGAAAACCGUCCUACUGCUGGCCGACCAGAUGAUCAGCAGGAUUGAAUACAUUCACCUGAAGAACUUCAUCCACCGAGACGUGAAGCCUGACAACUUCCUCAUGGGGCUCGGAAAGAAGGGCAACCUGGUCUACAUCAUAGACUUUGGUCUGGCUAAGAAAUACCGGGACGCCCGAACGCACCAGCACAUUCCCUAUCGAGAGAAUAAAAACCUCACCGGCACCGCACGCUACGCCUCCAUCAACACCCACCUGGGCAUUGAGCAGUCGAGGCGAGAUGAUCUGGAGUCGCUGGGCUACGUCCUCAUGUACUUCAAUCUGGGAUCUCUGCCCUGGCAGGGGCUCAAGGCCGCCACCAAGAGGCAGAAGUAUGAACGCAUCAGCGAAAAGAAAAUGUCCACUCCUAUUGAGGUCCUGUGCAAAGGCUACCCUUCUGUGUUCUCCACCUACCUGAACCUGUGUCGCUCCCUGCGCUUCGACGACAAGCCGGACUAUUCUUACCUGAGGCAGCUCUUCAGGAACCUUUUCCACAGACAGGGCUUCUCUUAUGACUAUGUCUUCGAUUGGAGCAUGCUGAAAUUUGGGGCCAGCAGAACAACAGAGGAUGGAGACAAGGACCGUAAGGAGGAAAAAGAAGAUGAAGAGCGAGCAGGCGCAGGUGGCCGAGCUUUGCCAUCUGGACCCAAACCUUCAGCGGCUAACCGAGUCAAGAAUGAAGCGGACAUACUUCCGUCUAAAGCGGUCACACGCGGGGUCCAGCAGUCAGGUAAUCGUUCUCCUCAGGUGGGCCGAGCAGAACGAGUAGAGCGAGAGCGCAAAGUCGCCAUGAGGCUUCAUCGCGGUGCCCCCGCCAACCUGUCCUCGGGUGACCUCUCAGCGCGCCUCGACCAGUCACGCAUCACGCCAUCGCAGGUCAGUGUGCCCUUUGAACAUCUGGCAAAGUGAGUUCUUCUCAACUGGCCUGCUGGUCAGAGGCAGCGGCUGCAGGGAAUCAACUACUCCUUGCUUUUCAAAUGCAUGAAUGAAGGCAUGAGUGAGUGGAGGAGCAAGAAGAUGGUGCAUUUCAGGCGCUUGAAAGGGGUAUAAAUGGCGCCCAUGUGUGAAGAUUGGUAACCAGACGGAGCGGAAGUAACGCUUCAAUGAUGGAAACCAGUUGGGCCAAAAUUAAAACUUUACUACUGGCCAGUGCUGUUUGUAGGGUGCAGUUUGGACAAGUAAAGUGACAAUGAAGUAACUGAUGGAUGUUUACCAAUAAUCACUGAUCCAUCCAUCCAGAGGCUCAACUUGCAAAACAAAAUAUCAAAUGCACAAACUUUCAGGUUUCCGUGGUUUACAGCUGUAAUAAACUACAAUCUAAUUGCUAAUGUUAAGGAGUUAAAUAUGCUGCAUAUUCAUUUCUCAAAUAUAACAACCGAUGUGACAGUCAGAGAUGUAUAAUUUGUGUAUUUAGGCGUUUCUUAGAAAUAGUCCAAAAUGUCUGUCUGUGUUGUCAUUGUAAUUGUUCAUCCUUCUGCUUUGCCUCUCAGACCAAAAUACAAAAUACAGGAGGGAUUAUUACUUAGAUGAAUUACCCAUAAAUUUCAGAUUGAUAACAUUUUGUCUUUUGUGAGAGAGAGGCUACACAAAGUGCAAAAGAUUGAAUGUUAUAACAUCUUAUCCCAGUGUGUAAAUUGAAAUAUCAUAGUGAUGUAUAUGUUGUACAUAUAGUAUAGUUUUGUUUUCUGCAUAAAGUGAAAUAUGGCAAUAACUAUUUGCCAGAAUGUACCAGAUUAACAUGUUUAUCCCUUAUGCAAGGAAUCCCGGGGUAUGAAGUCGGUUAGAAAGGAACUUAUAAAUGAUGAUGUCUUCUGCAUUUCUUUACCAUGCGUAAGUUUUGUUUCUACUUUUGUGUAUACUUUCAAAAUCAUUAAAAACAAUACUGCACA